AUGAGCGGAAAAAGUUCAGUCUGGAAAAUCAAAACCAUCGUGACUCAAGGCGCUUCGGAGACCGCCAAGAGGCGGGGGCGGGCGGGCGCGGCCGCUUCGGUACCCCGAGUCGAAGAAAGUGCACCCGCGGAAAACUUGGCGACGGGCUCCGAAGGGAGAGAUGCCUCCGCGCGGCAUCCCGCGUAUUCGCUGCGUGACGAGGAGUGCGUGACCGAAGGGCGCGCGAUGGCCGGCGUCGGGCGGGCGGGCGUGUGCCUGGACCCGGCUUGGACCCCGAGCCUGCCGGGCGCGCCUUGGGGCGAGAUCCGGCCUCAGCCGCGAGCCGCGAGGGCGCCUCGGGGAGGCCGGAGCAGCGAGCGGCCCGUGGGCGGCGAGUCUCGGCCUCGGAGGCGGCAGCGGACGCGGCGGGAAGGCUCGAGGCCACCGCGGCCCGCGCGUCGCGCGGAGCGAGGAGAGACAGAGACGGACAGACAGACAGAGAGCGCGACGGGCACAGAGCGCGCGGCCCGCCGUCCGCCCGCCGCCCCUCAGCCCCUCCGCCCCCGCGCGCGGCGCCCCGCGCCCCUCCGGCGGGGCCGCGCGGUCCCCGAGCAGCGGUCGGAGCGGGCGCCCUCGGAGCGCGGCGGGCGUGGCGGGCGGGCGGGACGCGACCCACACCCGGAGCCCACGCGGCCUCCCGCCGCCCGCCGAGCGCUUCCCGCCGGCGGGACCGACCGGCCGCCCUCCGCCGCGCCCCUGCCCGCGGCUCCCGCGCCCCCACGCGCACCCCCGCGCCCUCCCGCGCCCGCCGCGCGCCUCACCCGCUCGCCGCAGCCACGAGCGCGCUCGCCUGGCACCGGACGCCGACGGACGAGUGCGAGGCCCGGCGCUGGCCGCGGGCUCCGAAUCCGCGCGCCGCCCCCCCCCCCCCCCCCCCCCCCCCGCGCCGGCCACGCCCCGCCUCCGGCCACGCCCCCGGCAGCCAGGCUGCUCGCCUGCCGCGGCCGAACCGAGAAGGGGUCUCUGCGGGAAACGCCCAAGCUGCCUGCCUGCCUGCCUGAUGAUGACAAGACCACCACGCAGUCUGAGUUCUUGGGAACCAGGUGA